AUGGCGCAGGACCCAUCUGAAUGCUGUAUUCAGGUGUUUUGCCGCGUUAGGCCUCUAAACGAAAGCGAAAAGAAGAAUGGAUCUGCAUUUGUGACCCGAUUCCCCUCAAAAGACUCCAUCAAUGUCGGGGUAAGAUGAGUUAUUGAUUUUGUGACAUUUUUUAGGGGAAAACAUAUACGUUUGAUCGUGUAUUCGAUCCUAGCUGUGACCAGGAGACCGUUUAUAAGGGAUCAGCUCAUCAUAUUGUACAAGAUGUUCUUAGUGGGUAUAAUGGAACUAUUUUUGCAUAUGGGCAGACUUCCUCCGGUAAGACUCACACCAUGGAAGGACAGAUGAGCGUGGAUGAAGCGGAUCCUAAUCAUGGUGUAAUCCCCCGAAUUAUCAACGAUAUCUUCACCCACAUUUACAAUAUGGAAGACCAGGCUUUGGAAUUCCACAUCAAGGUCUCGUACUUUGAGAUUUAUAACGAGAAGAUCCGAGAUCUUCUAAAUAUUUCCCAAACGAACUUGACGAUUCAUGAAGGCAAAGAUCGUGUUCCUUAUGUGAAAGGUGUUACCGAGACUUUUGUCAGCAAUUUUGUUGAGGUUUUGGAGAUUAUAAAAGAAGGACAAAACAAUAGACAAAAGGCAGUUACAAGUAAGAAUGCUCCAAGGUAUUAAUGUAUUCAGAUAUGAAUGAGCACAGUUCUCGAUCUCACAGUGUUUUCUUGAUUCAAGUUGAUCAAGAGAACAAACAACUCCAAAAGAAACUUUCCGGAAAACUUUACUUGGUCGAUCUGGCUGGAAGUGAGAAGGUCAGCAAGACCGGUGCUGAAGGAACAGUUCUUGAAGAAGCCAAGAAUAUCAACAAGUCCUUGUCUGCAUUGGGUAAUGUCAUCUCGUCUUUAGCCGAUGGAACUGUAAGUACAUAUUUUGUUGAUGAAAUAUUUUUUCUAGAAAGGGCAUAUCCCCUACCGAGACAGUAAACUGACCCGUAUUUUACAAGAAUCGCUUGGAGGAAACUCAAGAACAACCAUUGUGAUCUGUUGUUCGCCCGCAUCCUUCAAUGAAGCGGAGACGAAAUCAACUCUUAUGUUUGGGCAAAGGCAAGUGAAAUUUGUUUGUGAUAAUUUUUCUCAGAGCUAAGACCAUCAAGAAUGUUGUUGUGGUUAACCAGGAACUGACUGCUGCUGAAUGGAAACGGCGAUACGAACAGGAAAGGGAAAAGGUUACACAGUUAAGGAAUCAACUCAAGUCACUGCUAAAUGUGGAGGCUGAAUUAAAGAGAUGGAGAUCUGGAGAAAAGGUUCCUGAGUCAGAAUGGUUCAGCGUUGAUGCCCUUGAAUCGGCCGCUCAGGUGGCCAUGACUCCAUCGAUGAGCGAGUCCAUGAUGUUGCCCACGAUGAGAGUCGCUACUGCUUUGGAUCAUGAACAACUUCCAGUUGGUCCGAUGACUGAUGAUGAGAGACGCAAAUACGAAGAACAGAGACAGUUGCUCUAUCAACAGGUUGAUGAGAGGGAUGAAGAGAUUAUGCAGGCAACCAGAUUGGCUGAGCAACUGAAACAACAGAUUGCGGACCAAGAAGAGGCCAUCAACCAACGAAAGGCUGAAUAUGAGAAGGCCGUUCAAGAAUUGGCUCAAGCUCAAGUUGAGAACGCGAAAGCCCAUGACGAAGCCGAAGAGUUGUUCUCGGCUCUUCAGGAAUUGGCAUUGAACCUUGAGCAAAAGAAGAAUGAGGUUGUUGAUUUGAGAAAGGAGAAUGAGACAUUACAAGUAAGUUUUUUAUGUCUUAAAAAUUUUUCUUUAGGAUGACAUUUCAAAAACCCGAAUGGAUAUUGUGAAUGUGAAUAGUCAGCUGGAUGAUAUGAAGGAGCAAUGCAUGGUGCAGAAACGCCGCAUAUAUGAAGACCUCCAAAGUAUGAUCACCGAGCUUAGCAGCCUUGGCAAUUACAGCAUGCCAGCGAAGGUCAGUUACCUGUUUUUUAUGUAUUAUAUUAUCGUUUGAUUUCAGUUGUCUGCUGAGAUGGAGUCGGAUAAGCCUUUCGUAGAUGAAGAAUACCUUGCUCAUGCUCGUAUUUGUGUUUCCAAGGUCGCCAGCGACUUCAAGGCACAUGCUCAGAAAUUGAAUAGUUUUGAGAAUGGUGCUACGGAUGCCGGAAAGAAAUUGGAGGAGACCCAGAAGGAGCUCAACUCACUUAAGGAACAGAUUCAACAGAAUCAGGUUACCCGUUCCUCCCAUGAACAGAAGAUUACUGAACUGAAAUCGCAAGUUCAAAAAUUGGAGGAGGAAGUCACCACCUUGAAUGUGAAACUGGCGGGAUCAAAUGGUGGAGACUCGUCUAAUGCUGUGAAGGAAUUGGAAAAUCUGGUUCAGAAGAAGAAUGAACAGAUUCAAGAGAUACAGGUAGCGUCACGUUGGUUUAUUGAUUCUUGUUUAGGAUAAGAUGCAAGCUGUUCAGCUUGAAAGAGAUCAACUUCAACGUGAAUUCGACAACUUGAAGAACGAGGAGAUUGAGAAGGAGAAGAAACUUAAGGAUCUCUCCGCUCUUUCCGACAAACGAGAACAGACCCGUCAAGACCUCAAGGGAUUGGAGGAGACUGUUAAUAAGGAACUCAAUUCAUUGCACUCUUUGCGCCGGAUGUUCAUUCAAGAUCUGUCCCAUCGUAUGAAGAAGGCUCCAACUGCAGCUGAUGGGGAAGAUGAGUUCUUAUCUAGUCCUGCCCAAAAACAGAAGAUCGCCUUCCUCCAAAACAACCUCGAUCAGCUCACUCGAGUCCACAAACAAUUGGUCAGAGACAAUGCAGAGUUGAGGAGUGAGCUUCCUAAACUGGAGAAACGCCUCAGGGCAUCUAUUGAACGGGUUAAGAACCUCGAGACGGCAUUAAGAGAGACUAAGGAGAAUGCCAUGAGGGACAGAAAGAAGUAUCAGUAUGAAGUUGAGAGGAUUAAGGAGGCUGUAAGGCAACGGAAUAUAGCCAGACGAGGCGUUCAGAUUGGUAUGUAUAUGCAUUCCUUUACGUAUUUGUUAUAAUGCUUACUGUUUAAAAUGAAAUUUUCAGCUAAACCAAUCCGACCUGGCCAGCACUAUGUGACCACGCCAAUGAAGCCAACUGAUGGUGAGUAGACAUCCCUGUAGAAAUGCUGUGAUUAAUAAAUUUGAGGAAAUUAACUUGUUUUUCUCUAUCAAUUAACUCAGUCCUGGAUUUCAGCGGAAUGA